AUGGACGACACGGACGCAUUCAAAGUCCCCUCGUUACUACCUCAGGACCUGCAGAUCAUACAAGACCUUGUUGGGCGCAUUCCGAAGCCCGAGCCUGUCGAAUCUGAACUUCUAGUGACUAAAGUCGAAGAGUCUGAUUCUAUCGCGAGCUCGAGCGACGGCGAGGACAGUGAUGGUGAGAACAGCGAGGCCGAGGUUGAGGCCGGCAUACUCGACGUAGAAGGUGAAGAGUCUGACGGUAUCAAACUUGAGGAUCGCGUUUCAGAAAGCUCAGAUUCGUCAGACUCGUCGGACGACGACGAGAAUGAUGUCCCUUUGCGGAAAGGAAAUGCCGCUCCACCUAUCAUGGAUCUGGCAGAUGACGACGACGACGAAGAAGGUGGAGGCGGCGCGACUACUGCCGCUGCUGUCCGUACGAAAAACGAGAUUGCAGAGGUCGACUUCAAUGUUCCCGACGUUGAAGAGGUUGGCGAGUCUGAACAAUUGGAACGCGUCGGGGACGUCAUGAGUGUUUCAAGUAACAUUGUGAUUGUACGUGGCGCAGCAGGCCAAGCGCAGAUCGCACUAGACUCCGAUACUUUGCUCGUGUUCGAAGACAGGAAGGUCCUAGGAUAUGUAUAUGAGACGUUUGGUCCGACCCUACAACCCUUCUACCAAGUCCGCUUCGGCGAGAAGUACCCCCUUGAUGCGGAGAAGGUCCAGGUAUCUCGCCCGGUUUUCCAUGUCCCCCGUCGAAGUCGCUUCGUCAAUGUCUUUGAACUGCGCAAACUCAAGGGCAGUGACGCGAGUAACGUUCAUGAUGAAGAAGUCGCCGAGUACGAGAUGGAGUUCUCGGACGAUGAGGAAGAGGCAGCGCAUAAGGCGCGGCUGAAGCAACAACGGAGAACCUCACAAGAACCUUCUUCCUCGCGCUUCUCAGCACCGACACCAUCACAAAUGCGCGACUCUGAGAUGUCCGGCGACUCUAUGUAUAGCUCGAAUCCCUACGACGAACACGGGGUAUACGACGAUCCGGGAGCGGGAUCCUCACGCACUGCACCGCUCCCCUACGACGAUCCAUACUCUGAUGACUUUGCCAUGGCAUCGGCCGCUUCAGGACUAGCAACUGAACCGGGUGCCUGGGGAGGCGGCGGCAGUGGCUCGCGCCCGCCGUCACUGCAGCCCGAUGGCGACGUUCCCAUGUCUCCCGGCUACCAGCAGCCGUUCUCCGCACCAUCGAACCAGUACGGCGGUCCCGUGCAUCAGCAGCCGGGGGCGCCGUGGGCUUUCAAUCCACACUUUCCACAACAGCCGCAAGGCAUGAACAUGAAUAUGGGCGGCAUGCCUCCCAUAAGUCCUCCGGGUGGCGGUAUGGGCUAUGUGCAGCCGCAUAUCAAUCCGCGGUUCGCGGCGCAGCUGGGUUUCAACAUGAACUGGAUGCAACAGCAGCAGCAAUUCAUGCCACAGCAGUUUCCGUUUGGACAUGGCGCACCUGGCGCUGGUCAGCAGCGGCCGGGGUGGUACAAUGGGCCACCAGCAGGCCAUCAACACGAUCCGAAUGGCGGUCAGCAGCAGUAG